CAAAUUGCCAACAAAAACAUCGGAUUGUUGAUAUUUAUUAGUUUAAGGUUUUAAUAACUUUUAAUCGUAAUUUAUGUCUAUGAAAUGGAGGCAAAUAAAUCUGCGAUAUAUACAACUUAUGGAGAGUGUCGCUGUUGCCAAGCGAAAGGCCAACACAGAGAUAUGAUGAAAGAAUAUUACUACAACGGUAUACGAGAAGUAUACUUCGAUAUUUUUAUGGAAAGUUUUAAUUUAUUUCUAUCAACAAAUGUCCUACUAACCACUUUAAUAUGCUCGACGUGCGUGCAGCGACUCCGCGACGCGACGAGCUUCCGUAUGAUGGUCGUCAGUACUGAGAGACAGCUGCUGCAAGCUCUAGUUUCUGAUGAUAAAGCUACUGUGUUUGUUAAUGUGCCGGUCGAUGAGAAUGCUCUAGAAGUUAAAUUGGAGAAGCAGGCGGAUGUAAAGGAGGAACUGAGCGAAAUAGAACUAGAAGUUGGUGACUAUGACUCGGAUUAUGUUGUUAGCGAUUACGUGUCAGACACCCCAGAAGACAGGGAGGCGGCCUUGUUGCGCAGGUUCGCGCGCGACAAGCCGCCGCCCCUGCCCACGCGGGCAACGCUGCCGGAUAUAUGCCCAGAGUACUGCAAACACUUGGAUUUGUUACAGAAUAUAAAAGUUCUUCCGAAAACCAUAAUGAAGUUAAUAGAGGAUCAAGACAGACGCCGCUCGCUAACUGGGAGCCGCCGCUUGUUCAUAACAGAGAAAAUGGCGCACAUGGUCAACGCGAGCACCCUCCUACUGCACUCCAACAUUACUCCCUUCAGAAGCAAGAGUCGAACUGGCUUCCCUUGCUUCUUCUGCCGAAACAUAUUCGAAAACCUAGACAAACUGAAACUUCACACGAAUGAACACAAAAAAACUGAAGUCAAAAAGAUUUUGAGGACCUAUGGCGCUGAGUGUUUAGUCGUUUACGUCGAUAUCACAGAUUUAAAGUGCAAUUUAUGCGAAAAGAAACUUCAAAACCUAAACGAAUUGAAAACUCAUCUCGUUAAUGUACACAAGAAGAAAAUGCAUCCGGAAUUCACUGACAGAGUCAUACCGUUCAAGUUGUCACAGUCAAGUGUUUAUGAGUGUCAAAUAUGCGGCUUUAACUUCGAGACUUUCGGGUCCAUUGAAAGGCAUAUGAACGUGCAUUUCAGGAAUUACGUGUGCAAAGAAUGUGGGACCGGUUUUGUAACGAAAUAUAGGUUGAAAGUUCAUUGUAAGAGUAUGCACGCGGGAGGCAGUUUCCCCUGCGCGUCCUGCGGCAAAGUUUUCACAACGCUACAGAAGCACAACAACCAUGUGAACACGGUUCACAAGUUGCUAAAGAGGUUUAAAUGCACGAAAUGUCCGGAACGAUUUGCCGAGUACUUCAGAAGGCAGAAACAUUUGGUCCAAGUGCACGGUGUAGCUCCCUUACAAUAUAAAUGCAAUGUUUGUGACAAGAGUUUCGAUCGUCGCUAUACUUUAUCGAGACAUAUGAAAAGAGAUCAUUUAGAAGAACGUGACUUUCAAUGUGAAAUGUGUUCGUAUAAAUGUUUUACGAAGAAUGAAUUAAGAGUUCAUAUGGUUAAGCAUAAUGGGGAGAGGAUUUAUGAAUGUUCUGUUUGCAAGAAGUCGUACGCGAGGAAGAAAACUUUGAAGGAACAUAUGAGGAUACACAAUAAUGAUCGGCGGUUCGCUUGUGCGGUGUGUGGGCAGGCUUUCGUUCAGAAAUGCAGUCUUAAAGGGCAUUUGAAGACGCAUCAUGUCGAGUUUAGUUUGCAAAGACCAUACCCAGCAAUUGGAAAUUUCCCGUUGGACACCCAGCUGCUAUCAACACACAAUCGCAUCAGUCCCUUAAUAUGCUCGACGUGCGUGCAGCGACUCCGCGACGCGACCAGCUUCCGUAUGAUGGUCGUCAGUACUGAGAGACAGCUGCUGCAAGCUCUAGACUGUGCAGUAGACAGUAAAGAGACCGUGUUUGUUGAUGUGCUCGAUGAAUCAAGUGACAAUAAUCAAGACAUCAAACCUGAAUUGAAAAGUGAGAGUGGAACAGACUCGGAUAGCUCUCAAGCGGAACAAUUUGAUGAUCAGGAAGAAUAUGAAUGUGAUAGCAGCAAAGAGGUGGAAAACGAGGAAGAAUAUCUGGUGUCUGGAGAAGAAGCGUUGUUGUCUCGUUUCUCCAGUCCCCCGGCGCUGCCCACGCGAUACUCUCUCUACAAUAUCUGCCCUGGAUACGUGGAACAUUUGAAUAGGCUCAGAGACACGAUAGUAACAGCGGAAUCUCUACAGAGGCUGCUCAACAAACCUAAGACAACUCAAUAUGUGUCAGAGAAGCUAGCUCUAGCCAUAAACGCGACCGCCAUAUUCGAAUACAGCAACGCCGUUGCUUUUAAAUCGAAAACAAAAAAUGGCUACCCCUGUUUCUAUUGCAGAAAAAUAUAUUCCAAUCACAAUUUACUAAGAAAUCACCAAUCUAUACAUCCUAAAUCGAUUUUAUUUAAAUUAUUAACGAAAUAUACGGCUGAUUGUCUUGUAGUUUACGCCGAAGUCACUGAUCUGAAAUGUACAAUUUGCGACACAGAAAUGUCAAAUUUAAAUGAAUUAAAAACACAUUUAAAAGAAAUACAUAAAAAGAAAAUGUAUUUAGAAUAUUCAGAUCGAGUUAUACCUUUCAAACUAAGCAAUUUCGAAUGUCAAAUUUGUAGGUUAUGUUUCGAAACUUUUGGCGCGGUUGAGAGGCACAUGAAUAAACAUUAUUCCAAUUAUAUGUGCGAGGAAUGUGGGGCGGGUUUUGUAACGAAACAUAGGCUAGGAAUCCAUGCUUACAUGUUGCAUAGACAAGGUAGCUAUCCCUGUGAAACAUGCAAAAAGACUUUUCGAACGCAAUUGAAGUAUAAAAUUCAUUACGAUGCCGUUCAUCGGAUGUUAAAGAAAAAUAAGUGUCCGCAAUGCCCUGAGAAGUUUAUUGAUUAUUUUACAAGGCAGAAGCACUUAGUAGACGUGCAUGGUGUAGAACCAAUAUUAUAUAAAUGUAAUGUAUGUGAUAAAUCCUUUAAUCGCAGGUACACUCUGUCUUUACAUAUAAAGAGAUGUCAUUUAGAACAAAAAGAUGUAAAAUGCCAGUUGUGUGUGUAUUCUUGUUACACAAAGACUGAAUUGAAAGAGCAUUUAGUCAAACAUGGAGGGAUGAAAGAGUUUGAAUGCGGUGUGUGUAGAAAGGCGUUCGCGAGAAAGAAGGCCUUGUUACAGCAUAUGCGGAUACAUGCGAACGACCGGCGGUUCUCGUGCAAUGUUUGUGGUAUGGCUUUCGUUCAGAAAUGUACUUUGAAAGGGCAUAUGAAGACACAUCAGGACAUAUGAAGUAAUUCUGUCCAUAGAAGAAAGCUAAUGUAACUUAAGCUUGUGACUGUCCCACUGCAGGCCUCUCAUACUGAGAAGAAGCAUCGAUCACACACUUCUGGGUCCCACGUUGGCGCCAUUACCAAAUUGUUAGAAAAAAUCAGCCUCUAACUGUCCCACUGCAAGCCUCUUACACAGAGAACGAGAAUUGAUCACCACUUCUUGGUCCCACGUGGGGCGCCAUUAUCUUGUUGAAAAAAAAAUCGGCCAAUAGCUGUCGCGCUGCUGGCCUCUCCUACAAAAAAACGAGCCUCUCGGAGAACGAGCGUUGUUUAUCACAUUCAUCACUAUCAAAGUCCCAGGCCCCAACAGUGAGCAUCAUUACCAAUUUACUACGCCAGCCAGAAAUGAUGUCUUAGAGAAACUGCAAUCCAACUGCAAAUUUGCAGCUCGGAUGCAGUUUGAAUGCAGUUGACACGACUGCAAUAGAACUGCAAA